AUGGCUAUACCCGUGGAGGACUGGUAUUAUGAAGUCCCCGUAAUUACUAGAACAUACUUAACCGCUGCGGUUAUGACAAGUUUAGCCGUGCUUUUAUCGAAAUUCGCCAGUCUACACUUUUUGGGUUCACCACUAGCAUUCACAUUAGUAUACAUAUGGUCAAGGCGAAACCCAUUUAUACGCCUAAAUUUCCUAGGACUAUUUGUGUUUAGUGCACCCUUUCUUCCAUGGGUACUGCUCGGAUUCUCGUUAAUGUUGAAUAACGUGUUUCCAGUGGGCGAUCUAAUGGGAAUUGUGGUUGGUCAUGUGUAUUAUUUCUUUGAAGAUGUCUGGCCGCAUGAACGGGCGAGUGGUGGGCGUCGGCUGUUGAAGACUCCACAGUUUAUGCAAAGUUCGAUUAAUUGA